UGUUACUCGCCCCCUGUUGCUUGCGCUGUGCAUCACUGUGGAUGGCCGGAAUGGGGCAUCCUUAACACCGCCGCCCUUAACUUCAGCGCGGACCACGGCACUGCUUCUCCGGCUUCCGCUCUGCAACCAGCGGCCCCUUCCAGCUACUGCAGCCAGGUGCAUCAGGGUCCCACAUGCAGGGUGGAACCAUAUCUUUCCGAGCAAGAGAGAAACAGCUUGAUGGAUGGACGGUUGACUUCAGAUUUAAGUCAUCUUUUAUUGAUGGAUUUGGCGAUUAUUUUUACUGGAACUGUUUGUCUGGAGAUUGCGGAUACGAGACUUAUCGUAGCAUUGGACCUGUGGAUAACAGAACGUCAUUCCCCAGCCGCUGGUACCAGUAUGAAGGACGCAUCACGAGACGAGUGCAAAAUGACAAUCCCUUCCAGCUUACGGAAAGCAGCUGCUGCUGGGUCUCCAAUCUGUAUUCUGUUAGCGGGUGGCAGCUUACAAGUUCUGUGGAUUUGGGAAUCAGAUCGGACACUAAGAAGCCCAACAGCUCCCCUGUGACCACUACAAUACCCAUUAUCAGGAUUCCUCAGAAUUGUGCAACCACCGUUAGCCUAUUGGCCCAUGAUUCUGAUGGAGACUCUGUGAGGUGCCGAUACGGAUAUCGCUAUGGAGAAUGCUCAAGUUGUUAUUCGCUUUUUGCUUUAGAUGAAAACCGCUGUACUCUCGCUGUUUCAUCAUGGAUGACCAUUGGCUCCUAUGUGCUGGAGUUGGUUUUGGAAGACUUUCCAAGCAAAGACAUUCGACUUACUUACAAUGAUGGAACAAUGAGACACAAAUAUCGAACACAUAACCGUAAAAUCCGCGAGGUACCAAAGAAAUAUCAAAAGUAUUACUGGUAUGGGACCACAUCCGACACGUGGGUGUCUGAUCAGCAAACUGUCAUGGAAGGAUUGGAUGACAUUACUAAAAUUCCUUAUACUACAUGGAACGACCAAACCAUAGCGAUGACUAAUGCAGACAUCUAUGUGACGGAAUCUUUCACAGAUACUGCUACAGAAAGUGCCAGUGAGACUGUUCCAGAGACUGACACUACUCUACAGGAUGAAAGAGACACUCCAACAGAUUCCCACAGAGAGACUACUCUAGAGCCUACCACUACUCUACAUGUGACACAGGAUGAAAGAGGUACUUCUACAGAAUCCCGCAGACCGACUUCUGCAGAGCUUACCACCACUCUACAUGUGACGCAAGAUGAAAGAGGUACUUCUACAGAAUCCCGCAGACCGACUUCUACAGAGCCUACCACUACUCUACAUGUGACACAGGAUGAAAGAGGUACUUCUACAGAAUCCCACAGACCAACUUCUGCAGAGCCUACCACUACUCUACAUGUGACACAGGAUAAAAGAGGUACUUCUACAGAAUCCCACAGACCAACUUCUACAGAGCCUACCACUACUCUACAUGUGACACAGGAUGAAAGAGGUACUUCUACAGAUUCCCGCAGACCAACUUCUGCAGAGCUUACCACCACUCUACAUGUGACGCAAGAUGAAAGAGGUACUUCUACAGAAUCCCGCAGACCGACUUCUACAGAGCCUACCACUACUCUACAUGUGACACAGGAUGAAAGAGGUACUUCUACAGAAUCCCACAGACCAACUUCUGCAGAGCUUACCACCACUCUACAUGUGACGCAAGAUGAAAGAGGUACUUCUACAGAAUCCCGCAGACCGACUUCUACAGAGCCUACCACUACUCUACAUGUGACACAGGAUGAAAGAGGUACUUCUACAGAAUCCCGCAGACUGACUACUGCAGAGCCUACCACUACUCUACAUGUGACGCAGGAUGAAAGAGGUACUUCUACAGAAUCCCGCAGACCAACUGCUGCAGAGCCUAUGACUACUCUACAUGUGACACAGGAUGAAAGAGGUACUUCAACAGAAUCCCGCAGACCGACUACUGCAGAGCCUACCACUACUCUACAUGUGACGCAGGAUGAAAGAGGUACUUCUACAGAAUCCCGCAGACCGACUGCUGCAAAGCCUACCACUACUCUACAUGUGACGCAGGAUGAAAGAGGUACUUCUACAGAAUCCCACAGACCAACUUCUGCAGAGCCUACCACUACUCUACAUGUGACACAGGAUGAAAGAGGUACUUCAACAGAAUCCCGCAGACCGACUACUGCAGAGCCUACCACUACUCUACAUGUGACGCAGGAUGAAAGAGGUACUUCUACAGAAUCCCGCAGACCGACUGCUGCAAAGCCUACCACUACUCUACAUGUGACGCAGGAUGAAAGAGGUACUUCUACAGAAUCCCACAGACCAACUUCUGCAGAGCCUACCACUACUCUACAUGUGACACAGGAUGAAAGAGUUACUUCUACAGAAUCCCGCAGGCCGACUACUGCAGAGCUUACCACUACUCUACAUGUGACGCAGGAUGAAAGAGGUACUUCUACAGAAUCCCGCAGACCAACUGCUGCAGAGCCUAUAACUACUCUACAUGUGACACAGGAUGAAAAAAGUACUUCUUCAGAAUCCGACAGAAAAACUGCUACAGUGCCUGCCACUACUCUACAUGUGACGAAGAAUGACAGAAGUACUUCUACAGAAUAUGGCAGAAAAACUGCUACAGUGCCUGCCACUACUCUACAUGUGACGAAGAAUGACAGAAGUACUUCUACAGAAUAUGGCAGAAAGACUGCUACAGUGCCUGCCACUACUCUACAUGUUGUAAACAUUACCACAGCAGAGCUUGUUAAAGUAUCAACUGAACGGAUUAUCACAGAGGCUGUAACGUUUCCUUAUAAAACAACGGAAAUGAAUCUUUACCCAACUUCUUUUCCAUCAAUUACUACAGAUUCCCUGAGUAAGAUCUCUCUGCAGUUUAUAGUGGAAGUUAACAACCCAGUUCCCUCCUGCAUAUUUGGAGACUACAGACCAAGAUUCCUCCCACCCACUCCAAAUCAAGGGGAAAGACUGUUGACCAAUGUUGAAAGUGUAUUCCAGCUCCACCUGUCAGCACAUGCAACGUAUGAAAGCAUAACAGAUUUCAAAGUGAGUGGUCCUUCUGGCAUAACCAAAUCACUAACCGUCAUAUCUCGAUCCAACACAAGGAGUAUGACGGUAGAAUGGACACCGGGAGAAAAUGAACUUGGAGACCAUGUACCUUUCUGUUUCGUAGCAGAAACCACCAAUGGGUACCAGUCAGUAAUGCGAUGUGUCAUUGUAGUGGUUGGACCCAGCAAAUUAGUAAACACCAUACUGACAUGCCACGAGAACACCAUGACUUUAAUCAUUGAAGAGUCACCUGAUAAUGGACUCUAUGAAAACCACUUCCGCCUGAAUGAUCCCAUAUGUCUGGUUACCUCAAACAGUACCCACCUCAUAGCAAGUGUUGGAUACAAUUCCUGCGGAACAGAGAUCGAGGAAACAGAACAUAACAUUGUAUUUAAAAACCAGGUCACCUCCUUCGCCAACACCUCUAGUGUCAUUACAAGGAGACAUGGGGUCUCAAUCCCCUUUAACUGCUCCUUUCCCAAAAAGACCAGGUUAUCUGCUUCCUUCCUCGCCCACAAAUCAGACUACAUGUUCUCUGAGGCCGGCUUUGGCAAUUUCACCUAUAAGUUCCAGUUCUAUACAGAUGACCUGUUUGUAGAGGUGGAAACACAUUAUCCCCUGGAGGUCACAUUGCGUGAUCCACUCUACAUGGAGAUUCAGGUGUCUUCUGCUGUACCCAAUGUCCAGUUAUUUGUGGAGUCCUGCAAGGCCACGCCGCAUGAUAAUCCCAAUGAUCCCGUCUUCUACGAUAUAAUAAAAAACGGGUGCAUAAAUGAUGACACUUUAAUGACUUAUCCGGGAACAAGGACACAGUACAGAUUCGCAGUGGAGGCAUUUGCAUUUAUUGGAAGCUAUGAAGAAGUUUAUAUCAGCUGCACUGUGAUCCUGUGUAAGUUGGGAGAGCCAGAUACUCGCUGCAGCCAAGGAUGUGUCAGGAACUCAUUGGGCGACUCUAAUGGACGCAGACGUAGGAGAUCAAUAGUGUCCGAGUCUCAGCAGCACUUCAUCUCCCAGGGUCCCCUGAGGAUGAGGAGACCAUCUCCCAGUGAUGCAGGAGACACCCACUCUCUGAAUGUGAAUACUCUGGUGAUUGCGCUAUCAGGUGUGGUCAUCGUCGCAGUGGUUGCAGUAACAGUACAUAUGUACAUGCAGAAAUCCAGGAGCACAGGUUAUGAGAGGUUCAACACAGAAUACCUCUGAUUCUAUGACAACAAAAUAAUCCUAAAUGAAAUGUCAAUGUAAUAUAUGUAAAGUAAAUCAUUAUUAUUGUGCACAGCAAAACAUUCCCCUGAGCAUAAUGGGAAGAAACAUUGCUAAUAAUUGUAUAUCAUUGGCAUAUUUAUAUUGAGCGCAGUAUAUUCAGUGCAUACGAGUCCCUGGGUACAGGAGGGCCCACACUACAAACACUACACCCAUGUUUAAUUACUUACUUUUCCGGAGUCCCGCAUCGUCGGCACUGCAGCCGUGGCAAAAACCACUGGCAAAAUGGCCGCCGCACAUACGCAGUAGUGAUUUGUUACUGGAACAUGGAGGGUGCCAUCUGCCAUGUUUCCGGAGACCUGCGCAUGCACUAUACAGAGGAGGGUGCCCAUCCAGGCUCCUCCACUGUUAAAACGCCCCUUUAGUAUACCUAAAUAUACUUUGAGAUGCGUUUUGUUUCCUACUUAAGGUAUGGAAACUCAUGUUGGCAUUAGUGAUACUUAUAAUUUUGCUAUGUCUGAACUUUGCAACAAAGAAGAAACACUGAUGAUCAAAUACUGUGCCCUUUAAACCAGGGACGGGCAGAGUCAUAUAGAAUUUAGGAGCCAUUCAGCCAAAUCUAGACGCCAAGAGGAUCUUUCAUGGAGCCAGAAACAGUUUGCAUCCACUGGACACAACAGAAAUGUCUUCCAAAACUUUGCUCCCAAUAGACAUAUAUUUUCAGCAUGUUGGCUAUGUGACUCCUGGGAUAUUCCUGCCCAACUUUAACAACUUAUAGUGUAGUGCAACUUUGGGCACUCUGUGCCUGUAGCCAGUGGUGCAAGUAGAAAAAAAUGUCUUACAGGUAUCGUAUGCGCAAGCCGAAGGCACGCGUGCACUAAAAAUAGGUGUGGCCAUAUGCCACAUGGGGCGUGGCCAAUUAAAAUGGGGGCGUGAUACACAUAUUGGGGGGGGCAGAUACACAUAUGACCCCAAUAGUGUCAGAUACACAUUGCCCCACAGUGCCAGAGAUACAUUGCCCCACAGUGCCAGAUACACAUUGCCCCAUAGUGCCAGAUACACAAAUGCCCCCACUGUAUCAGAUAUACAUUGACCCCCAGUGCCAGAUACAGAAAUGCCCCCACAGUGCCAGAUAUGCCCCCAGUGCCAGAUACAUAUAUGCCCCCAUUGCCAGAUACAGAAAUGCCCCUAGUGCCAGAUACACAUGUCACCAAAGUGUCAGAUAUGCCCCCCAGUGCCAGACACAGAAACGCCCCGGUGCCAGAUACACAUGUCCCCACAGUGCCAACUAUGCCCCCAGUGCCAGAUACAGAAAUGCCCCCACAGUGCCAGUUAUGCCCCCAGUGGCAGACACAGAGAUGUCCCCAGUGCCAGAUAUGCCCCCAGUGCCAGAUACACAUGUCCCCCCAGUGCCAGAUACAGACAUGCCCCAGUGCCAGAUACACAUGUCCCCACAGUGCUAGAUAUGCCCCCAGUGCCAGAUACAGAAAUGCCCCCACAGUGCCAGUUAUGCCCCCAGUGGCAGAUACAGAGAUGCCCCCAGUGCCAGAUAUGCCCCCAGUGCCAGAUACACGUCUCCCUAGUGCCAGAUACAGAAAUGCCCCCACAGUGCCAGAUAUGCCCCCAGUGCCAGAUACAGAAAUGCCCCCACAGUGCCAGAUAUGCCCCCAGUGCUAGAUACAGAGAUGCACCCAGUACCAGAUACAGAAAUGCCCCCAGUGCCAGAUACACAUGCACCCCAGUGCAGGUACAGAAAUGCCCCCACAGUGCCAGAUAUGCCCCAGUGCCAGAGAUGCCCCCGCAGUGCCAGAUAUGCCCCCAGCGCCAGGUACACAUGCCCCCCCCCCUUCCCCUGGUGCUUAUUGUGCUGCUGCUGUCGUCCUGUUCCUGUGUGUGAGGGAAGGAGAGCACAGCGUGCGCCUCUCCUGCCCCUCAGUCUCUGGCGGCGGUGCGGGUGUCACUCUACCUUCAAUUAGGCGCCGAUCCGAGAGCCAAUCAAAGCUCGCGGUCCAGCAGCCAAUCAGGAGCCUUGGCUGCCUGUCCGCGAGCUCUGAUUGGCUCACGGGCUGGCGCCGAAUUGAAGGUAGACACUGAGGGGUAGGAGAGGCGCACACUGCGUUCUCCCCUCAUGAAGCAGCGGCGCGGUGAGCAGCAGCGGAGGGAGGGAGGGAGCAGCGGCCCGGCGGCGGUGGGUACGGUGUACCUACGGCUAAAUUCUUAAGGGUACGCCAUACCCACCCGUACCCGCCCACUUCCACCGCUGCCUAUAGCCAUGGAAUAAUGUGUGUGAUGCAGAUUUCUACAGGGUUUAUGAUUUGAGAAAGGUACGGUAUACAGAAGAGGUUUGCUGACCAAACUGGGCCUAAAUGGAUGGAGAACCGCCCGCUUUUCACACAUCCAACCCCAGGACCCUAAUCAGGUUCUUACCAAAAGUUCUCAGCAGAACCAACAUAAUAUUCCUGGGGUGUUAAAACAUAUAGGUAAGAAACCUGGGGCAAAUAUAACAGCCUUCCACCACUCUUCCAGUGAUCUUGUUACAGCACUUUAGUUCUCCCCACCUACAAGAACUGCUGUAGUCUGAUGUCCAGGAGAUACUCUACCACUUGGCAUCAGUAAUGACAGCACUAAGCUUGCUCAGGUACAGAAGUGACAAUUUUGGGUGUGGGUCACCCAGAUCUCUGACCACCCACAUGGCUCCACUACUGCAACUGGAGUCUAAUGGACUCAUUGUCAGCAUUUUAUUUGCCUGAUACUUUUAAAUAUUCACUUUAAUCACAUUUAACUCCGUUUAAUCACCUACUUAUCUUUUACUAAA